AUGUUCCCCAAUACACACUCUCUCUUCGUUUGGUGCCUUGCGGCUUGGUUAGAAGUGGAAGGUGCCAACCUGCCUUCCAGACCAAAGCCCAUUGUUGUUUCUCAAUGCCCACCUAGCAAUGCUGGUAUACCUUUGGACUCGUUUGUGUCGUUCUCGUUUGAGCUGUCUUCAUGGCCGGAUUUUGCUGUACCACAUUUCCUCAUGAUCAAACACAGAGACAUUGCAAUUUUCGAUGCUUCGCAAAAGACCGGUCUUAUCGGUGUCAUACGUCCAAACAUCUCAGCCGACUACCCAACCAUCAUCACCAUCGGUCCUUCCUUCUUCGACUCUUACAAGACUAUGCCCAAGGGAAUGAGAUACACGCAUGGCUUUAAUCUAGGCGCCAACUAUUCGGCCAGUAGAGCAGCUACCUUUGCCUCUGCUGCCUAUGCCUGCAAAGCCAUUGGAGAAAACCUUGAUUACUGGGAAUACGGCAACGAACCCGAUCUCUUCCAUGCAUCAGGAUACCGUCCAUUGAACUACUCCGAUGCCGAUUAUGUUGCCGAAUGGCUCAAUGGAACUUCGCAGAUUGAUCAAGUCGUCAAGUCAGCUUGUCCUUCUCUGAAAGGCACAAAGUUUAUGGCACCGAGUAUGGCCGGUGUGGGUGCUAAUGGCUACAAUACCCUUGACCCUGUCAAAGUAUUCGCGGACGAUCUAAACGCAGAUCAUAGUAUCGGCAUCAUCUCUUCCCACAACUACAUGGGUGUUUCCACUUUCCCUGGCAUCACUCUACAAGGCACACUCAUGAAUCAUACCAAUGUGAUCGCAAAAGCAGAAGCCCAAGUCAACGUGUCAAGAAACAUCGCAGCUUUGGGAGGGGAUCUAGCUCCCAAAGUUCCUUUUAUACUUGGUGAACAUAACAGUCUAGCAAGACAAGGACGCCCGGGCUUAUCUAAUACUUUUGGGGCUGCUCUGUGGGGUGUGGAUUGGAAUCUCUAUCUUGCGUCUCAGAAUAUCAGUCGUUCGCAUAUGCAUCAAGGAACCAACUAUCGCUACCAGUCCUGGCAACCCAUUCAAACGAACCUCACCACCAAAGGCACCAAACCUCCUUACUACGGCAACUUGGCUGUAGCAGCUAUGAUGGCGAAACCAUCUACAUCUUCUGUUUUGCAAAUCACUCAUCUGGAAGCUUCGUCUCAAAAUACGUCCUUCUAUACCGCUCACAUCAACGACACCCUCUCACGUAUCUUGAUCGUUGACUUGCACACCUACAACACGACUGCAAACAACUAUACUACUGGCUUCUCAAGGCCCGUGGUGGAACAUGAGUUUAUGCUGCCCAAAGGGUGUAAAGGUGGAGAUGUGCAGAGAUUAAUGGCGAAUGGCAGUGAUGCAGUCACGGGGAUCACUUGGGAUGCAAACAGCUAUGCCUACGAACUCGAUAACGGCAAAGGCGUCAGAAUGUCCAACGUCACUUGUGGCGAAAAGGUCAAGGUCGAUGGAAAGGGCAUUGUAAAAGUGCAAGUGCCAUGGAGUAGUGCUGCAAUCGUCAGUCUGGAUUGCUAG